GAGCCCCGUGACGGCGCUGCGCGCGUGGCUUCGGCUGCGCAGGAACAGCUGGUGCCUCAGAAGGCGGCCCGCGGGCGCGCGGGCGUGAGGUGCCGGUGGCCGGCCGGGCCACGCUGCGGGAGCAGCCGCCGCCGCCGCAGCCGCCGCCGCGUUGCACCACUGCGCCAUGUCCGGGCAGCUGGAGCGCUGCGAGUCCGAGUGGCACGAGCUGGAGGGAGAAUUUCAGGAAUUGCAGGAGACGCACAGGGUCUACAGGCAGAAGCUGGAGGAGCUGACCGCGCUGCAGACCUCGUGCAGCGGCUCCAUCAACAGGCAGAAGAAGCGCCUCAAGGACCUCAAGCACACCCUCCAGAGGUACAAGCGCCAUGCCAGUCGGGAGGAGGCGGAGCUGAUCCAGCAGAUGAGCGCCAACAUCAAGGAGAGGCAGAACGUCUUCUUCGACAUGGAGGCCUACCUGCCCAAGAAGAACGGGCUCUACUUGAAUCUGGUCCUUGGAAAUGUGAACGUGACCCUUCUCAGCAACCAGGCCAAGUUUGCCUACAAGGACGAGUAUGAGAAGUUCAAGCUCUACCUGACCAUCAUCCU